UGGGCACCACAGCACCAUCGCCAUGAAGAACCUCGCCUGGGAGACCGUCGCUGCUCUGGGAAUCUGUGUACUGUGUGCUUUUUGUCUUUCUCAUCUUCAAAACCAAAUCACCACCGAGUUUGCAUUUUUCUUUCGUAGGUCAUGCAAAAGACAGAGAUGGGGAAGCUCUGUGCCCCAUGUGAAGGUGAGAAACCAACUAGCACGCGCAUCACGUUCCAACGAGAAGCAUCUCACCACAACGCCAUGAAACCCUACAGAUCCGUAUCCUGAGCCACCUCGUUUUGGACCCGACCAGAUUUCGGCCCGAGCUUCUCCAGUUGUACGUGCUUUACAAGAACAACGGAAACCUGAAUCUCUUGGUCACGCCCUGGCAGAAAUUGUCCGGAAAGUGCCUCACUGUACGUAGAUUUUUUUUCAUAAUUUCACUUUCAAGUAUUCGGUCCAGUUCAGUAGUGAAAACGACUAACAGGGAUCAUUCUGAUCGCGAAGCGUGUUAUCAUUAGGUCUACCGUUGGCUCGGUUUCGUCUCGUGUGCGACGCCCCACAUAUGGAGCGUGGCCAUGCAAUCUUCGGGGCCCGGGCGCCCAUUCAAGAUGGCAGCUGGCAUGUCUUGGUCGCCGGGCGCGGGCACCCGCCCCGACGGCGCCCCGCCUGCUAGCCGGCCUGUUUUGGUGGGCCCCAUGUUGCCACGCCAACCCGCGCAAGCCGGCCGGCGGUUUUUGUUUUCUCGGGCCCCCGCUGGUCAGCCCCGCCGCCUUCGGCCGCGCCGCGCCGCUUUUUGGUCCGCGGCCGCCACCGCGAUCUACAGGUCGAGGCGCUUGGCCGCUUGGUGGCGAAAUGCAAAGCCCGUUGCCACGUAGCGCAGGAAGCUUGUGGCGGAUUUGUGGCCUGACAUUUGCUGCACCACCGUUGGGGCGACGCCCUGGAGAAUCAGGCGGGUGCAGAAGCUCCGGCGUGGUGUGUGGCUCGUGAUUGCACUCGGCCGGCAGCUCUCCGGGUCGCAAGGCGUGAAGCCCUGGCGGGCCUUGCGGAUUAAUUUUUCGUACGCAUGGUAUGAGAAAGAAAAGAUGGGGCCGGAAAGUUUUCCGUCGGGGGCCUCGCGCUCGCAGUGCUUCCGGAAGUUGGCGAGCGUCAUAAGCGUCUCGGCGCCCGGGGCGAUGGGGCAGCACGCAAGCAGCCCGCGCCCGCCGCCCCGUGCUGUUUUCGAGUCCCCUACCUGGAUUUGCGUCCAUUCGGGGUUGAGAUCUUCCCAGCAAAGUUGGCGCACAUCUGCGCCCCGUCGGCCGGUCAGGCAUUGAAGGAGCCACGCAAACUGGGCGCGGAGCCCGGCGGCCUUUUUUCGCCCUGUCGAGUCCCGCAGGUGUUCGCCAAACCGCCCACAGUCUUUCAUUGUCAGGGCGCCGGAUUUUUCGGCGUGUUCGGCCUGCGCGGGGAUUUUCUGCGCUGUUUUGCUUUUCGCCGCCUGUUUCGCCCGUGCGCAGGGUGGUUUUUUUCGUUUCUGCUUUGGUGGCGCCAUUCUUUUUGCUCAAAAAAAUUAAAUUUUAAAAAUUAGGGCCGGUGGCAGGCUAAAUGUUUUAAAAAAGCGAGGCAGGUCAAGUGGUCUGAUGUGUCCUAUUGUGGUCCUUUUUCCUGUUGCGAAAAAUUACACAUGGGGGAACUCGUUUCGUUUUUGGGUGGCGAGCGUGGCACGGUCCUGGGCGUUUGGCGGGUCUCCGGCGCCAUUUUGCCGGUGGGCCCCGCAUUGCCUCCAAAGGGCGGGGCCCUUUGCGUGGCCCUGGGGCCCACCCCCGCCCGGUGUUGCUGCAAGAUCAAUAGGGUAAAGCGACAAACCGUGCUAGUUGGGGACUAGCAUGGUGUUUGGUAGUUUCAGCGCUACAGAUCGCAACCUGAGGGCGGGGAGAGUGGAUGGAAAUCCGCCGGCCCCGCGGUUGCCCGUAUCCGCUUCGUUUGUGGUGGACGUAGGCCCACCCCGCCAGCCCCGCCAGCGCUACCAAGUAUGCGCGCGGCGGUGGGCGGGCAAUGGCCUUCCGGCAGCGCGGGGGGGCAGCAUGGUUAUCAUUGGCGCAGGGGUAGGCAGGUCCGGGCGCGCUUAUUCGGAAUGCCGUCGGACCGGCAGUGGUGGAUGCUUACCUUUUAUUUUGCGUGAGCUUCUGAGCGCCCACGGCUCAGGUGAGUUUCCGUCUUCGAUUUCGAUCCGGUGCAUUUUUGGACCAAGUUUCAGCCUGUUGAAGUUGAUCUCACUCUAUAUAUUGGCAUUUGGAGAACAUAGAAGUCGGAAUUCGAAAAAGUUUCAAUUUCUAUUUCAAUCAGCUGCGCAAGCAGUUUCUGAAGAAGAAGGAGGCUCUCGUCGCCCAGGGUCAACCGUUGCCGACCUUUGCCGACGAGGUGGCCUACGCGAUCGGCCGCAUGGACGGGCUGACUGAGCAGCAAUACAAGACCGGGUGCUACACUGCCGAGAACAAGUUUUUCGAGCCGAACAGUGGCGCCCUGAGGGUGUUGAAGUCCUGUGUCAAAAAGGACGACCUGGAGAUUUUCACCUUGUGCCACACUACU